UCGUUUCACUAGCUUUUGUUUUAAAAGGAAACGCGGGCGUGGUGGGGGGGCUCUUGCCACUGGGCGCCCGGCGGACCUGAUUUCGCGAAGGGGGACGCCGGAGAGGGUGUCCGAGGGGCCCCGGAGAGCCCAGGCUUACGGGUGGUUUACGGGAGGGCGCCGGGCCCGGGAAGAUCUGGGGCACCUGGAACACCUGGGAGGCUGCGUUUCCCCGAAAACACGCCGAUCCCAACCCUCCAGGCACCUGCUCGGCCACGUUCAGGAUCCUUCCGUUCGAGCGAGACCCCUCAGGUGCCCCAGGACCUCCGAUCGGGGCCCCUAGGUCCUGCGAGACAAACAGUGGGAGUCUGUCGGAAAUGGGGAUCUGGAUGAAUGAUUUUGGAAUCAAAAACAUGGACCAGGUGGCCCCUGUGUCCAACAGCUACAGAGGGACACUCAAGCGCCAGCCCGCCUUUGACACCUUCGACGGGUCCCUGCUUGCCGUUUUCCCCUCGUUAAAUGAGGAGCAAACACUCCAAGAAGUGCCAACAGGCUUGGAUUCAAUUUCUCAUGACUCGACCAACUGUGAGUUGCCUCUGUUGACCCCGUGCAGCAAGGCUGUCAUGAGUCAAGCCUUAAAAGCUACCUUCAGUGGCUUCAAAAAGGAGCAGCGCCGCCUCGGCAUCCCAAAGAAUCCCUGGCUGUGGACUGAGCAGCAGGUGUGCCAGUGGCUUCUCUGGGCCACCAACGAAUUCAGUCUGGUGAACGUCAACCUGCAGGGGUUCGGCAUGACCGGCCAGGUGUUGUGUAACCUUGGCAAGGAGCGCUUUCUGGAGCUGGCACCCGACUUUGUGGGCGACAUCCUCUGGGAACACCUGGAGCAGAUGAUCAAAGAAAACCAGGAAAAGACAGAAGAUCAGUAUGAAGAAAAUUCACACCUCAACUCAGUUCCUCAUUGGAUUAAUAGCAAUUCGUUAGGUUUCGGCGUGGAGCAGGCUCCCUAUGGAAUGCAGACACAGAACUACCCCAAAGGCAGCCUCCUGGACGGCCUGUGUCCGGCAGCCUCCGCGCCCAGCACGCUCGGUCCUGAGCAGGACUUUCAGAUGUUCCCCAAGGCUCGUCUCAACACCGUCAGCGUCAACUACUGCUCCGUCAGCCAGGACUUCCCGGGCGGCAACUUGAAUCUGCUCUCCAGCAGUUCUGGCAAGCCCGGGGACCACGAGUCCCCUGAGAACGGUGCCGGCGCCGACAGCUUCGAGAGCUCGGAGUCGCUGCUGCAGUCCUGGAACAGCCAGUCGUCCCUGCUGGACGUGCAGCGGGUGCCCUCCUUUGAGAGCUUCGAGGACGACUGCAGCCAGUCCCUCUGCCUCAACAAGCCGACCAUGUCCUUCAAGGACUACAUCCAGGAGAGGAGCGACCCGGCCGAGCAAGGCAAACCAGUCAUACCGGCGGCUGUGCUGGCCGGCUUCACAGGAAGCGGACCUAUCCAGUUGUGGCAGUUUCUCCUGGAAUUGCUCUCCGACAAAUCCUGCCAGUCCUUCAUCAGCUGGACCGGGGACGGGUGGGAGUUUAAGCUGGCCGACCCCGACGAGGUGGCCCGCCGGUGGGGAAAGAGGAAAAACAAGCCCAAGAUGAACUACGAGAAGCUGAGCCGGGGUUUGCGCUAUUACUACGACAAGAACAUCAUCCACAAGACGUCGGGGAAGCGCUACGUGUACCGCUUCGUGUGCGACCUGCAGAACUUGCUGGGCUUCACGCCCGAGGAGCUGCACGCCCUCCUGGGCGUCCAGCCGGACACGGAGGACUGAGGCCGCCCGGGGCCGUGCGUGGGGCCAUCCUGACCCGCUGCUCUGGGGACCCUGAAAGCUGGGAUUGACGCGUCCAGGAACGUCUCCGGGAAGCAGUGGCCUUAUUUCCUCCAAAACCGCGGUUCUUCGCUGCAAGCAGCAGGGUUUCUCGCUUCUCAAGCUGCUGACAGGAACACGCUCUUAGGAUGCUGUUACAUGAGAACGGCCGGGAGAGACACGCUGGGCAGCCGGCCUGGCCCCGGGCGGGCUGUGUUGUGACAGGGUCGCUUGGCCGGUGGGGAAUUCUCCACAGAGCGAGCGUGUCGUGGACACACGGUUUGGGACUUUCUUUUGCCUCUGGCAACCAGGAAUCGCAAAUGCAAAAGAGGUCUCUGGUUCAGAGGGGAGGAGGGGAAGGAAACAAUCAUGCCAUUUCAGAAGUUAGUUUGUAUAUAUGACUGUAAUCUUAUAAUUGCUGUCAAAAUCCUCUAACAGUCCUAUUUAACAGAAAUUGUAUAUUGUAAUUUAAAAUAAUUAUCUAAUUGUAUGUGAAAGAAGAAUGCAGACAUCCAGUGUGUAUUCCAUUUUUUUAAGAGCACAUGUGGCGUUUUGCAAACAUUGAUUCUGCCAAGGGCAGACCAGGGGAGGCUGUAAAGUGUGUACUAUUUACAUGUAACAGGCCUACAGGAAUAAGGUCUAAGGGUUGAUUCCCGUUUUUCGUCUUUUGUUUUGCCUGGGUUAUUCUCUAUGGCAAGGACUUUGUACAUUUGGGAAUUUUUAUAAGAAACUUAAUGUUAUUAUCUGCGGUCUCAUCCGGCCCCUUUGCUUCUCCUUUAAUUGUAAUGUAAAAGCUAUAAAGCAGUAUUUUUCUUGACAAA